AUGCAAGGUUCCACAAUUCCCAUGGUUUCGGAAACUGAAAAUGUGGUUUUAAAUCAACUUCCACAACCCAAACGUCCAUUGAAUAGCGAUGACAUGAUCUUUGAAACAUCCUCAACGGUUGAUCAAUUAAACAACCACGUUGUACCGCUGCAACCAACAAUGUUAAAAGAAGACGAUCGAAAAAAACAUUUUGUACUUGUUGAUAAGGUUGGGAACCGUGUGUUGGACAAGAUUUACGAGAAGCUUCCUGCAAAAUUAAGAGAGGAAAUAAAUUUGGAAGGAGAAAGAAGAGAUGAAUUAGAGAAUACUACUUCUCGUGGUGUUGAAAUAGGGAUGUCAGAUAAAGAGAAGCUUGGUCGCUUUAAGGUUCGAACUGUUGUUGCUCAAGAGGUUGUCAAAGAGGAUGAGAAAAAAUAA